CUUUUUAUUCCUCCUCCCCAUCGCUCACUCACCUCUUCUCUUCUUCUCAUCAUCCCACCCUUACCUCUUCUCUCAUCUCAUUCAACCCACUACAUCCUCGUAACAUCAUGUCCCCCACCACUUGCGGAGCCCACGGCUGCAGCCAGAUUGGUAGCCACAGACACGAGGAGCACCUCCCUGAGCCUGCCAUUCUCGAUACCAUCCUGGACCAUAUUGGAAACACCCCUUUGGUCCGUAUUAACAAGAUCGCAAAGUCAGAGGGUCUUCAGUGCGAGCUACUGGCCAAGUGCGAGUUCUUCAAUGCCGGUGGAUCGGUCAAGGAUCGUAUUGGAAAGCGCAUGGUUGAGGAGGCUGAGAAGGACGGACGCUUGAAGCCCGGAUGCACCAUUAUCGAGCCCACUUCUGGAAACACCGGUAUCGGUCUUGCUCUGGCCGCUGCCGUCAAGGGUUACCGCACCAUCAUCACGCUUCCUGAAAAGAUGUCUCAGGAGAAGGUCGAUGUCCUCAAGGCUCUCGGCGCCGAGAUCGUUCGCACCCCCACCGAGGCUGCCUGGGAUGCUCCUGAAUCCCACAUUGGAGUCGCCAAACGCUUGAACGCAGAGAUCCCCGACUCUGUCAUUCUGGACCAGUACGCCAACCCUUACAACCCUGUCACCCAUUUUGAUCACACUGCAGAGGAGAUCUAUAGGGCCUGUAACGGCCAGGUCGACAUGCUAGUUGCUGGUGCUGGUACCGGUGGUACGAUUACGGGAAUUGCCAGAAAGCUGAAGGCCCUUUGCCCGAACAUCAUUAUUGUCGGUGUCGAUCCCCACGGCUCUAUUUUGGCCCAGCCCGAGUCUCUCAAUACCUCAACCGAGGGUUACAAGGUUGAAGGUAUCGGUUAUGAUUUUAUUCCCGAGGUUUUGGACCGCAACCUCAUUGAUAGAUGGGUCAAGAGCGAAGACAAGGAGUCGUUCACAAUGGCCCGCCGCAUGAUCCGCGAGGAGGGUAUUCUCUGCGGAGGUUCAUCCGGUACUGCUGUCGCGGCUGCUGUCAAGGCUGCUAAGGAUCUCGGCCCUGGCAAGCGCUGCGUUGUCCUUCUUCCCGACUCUGUCCGCAACUACAUGACCAAGUUCUUGAACGAUGGCUGGAUGCAGACCAACGGAUUCACAGACCAGGCUAUGGCCAACGAGCAAGAGUCCAAGCACCUCCAGUGGGGCGGCGCCACCGUCGGAAGCCUUCACCUCAAGGCUGCUGUCACUGUCACAAACACCUCCCGCUGCCGCGAGGCCAUCAUCUUGAUGGAACGCAAUGGCUUUGACCAGUUGCCCGUCGUCUCGUCCAAGAACGGCCGUCUUGUUGGAUUGGUCACCCUCGGCAACCUGCUUUCAAGGAUCGCGACUGGCCGUGUCCAGGUCGAUGGUCAGGUUCAAGAUGUCAUGUUCAAGUUCCAAAAGUCGGGCACUCACUUCACAGAGAUCACUGACGACACCCUCUUGGAGGACUUGACUGGAUUCUUCGAAAAGAACUCCGCUGGUGUUGUCACUGAGCGUGGGGGCUCUAAGGUCAAGGCCGUUGUCACCAAGGUCGAUCUUGUCUCUUUCCUUGUCAAGAAGACCGCUGUUUAAAGCAACUAAUCAGGAGCAAAUAGAGUGCCGUAUUUGCCACCAUAAAAGAACAUAAGGGAUCAUCUGUAGAAUAAAAUAUAAUAGCCAUCAGUGCGAAAAGCU